GUGAGCAGCAACGGACACGCUUUUCAACAGAACGCACUGGCAUCAAAACAUCGGGGGCUUAAAAUGAUGAAUUUGGGGGAUGGUCUGGUGUUUGAGCUGGAGAAUGGCAAGCCCAGGCUUGUGUUGGCUAAGUAUGGUGCCGAAUCCAAAUCUUCUAAUAAGAAGAGCUCUUGUCGGAUUCCUCCAAGGAAAAACCCCCAGAAAAUCAUCAACUCAAGACAAGGCCCUCCUCAGCCAGACAAAGCCCAACAGGACAGAAAGAGCAAAGGUUCAGUAGGGCAGAGUCUCCCGCACGGACCCAGAGGGGCCGGCGCCCAGCACAGCACGUCCAGCGCGGCAGCGAGAGUGAUGAGAGAGACUGAUCCCGGCGCAGUCACACGGCAGAGAGAGAGCGUGGUGUGUUUGACACAGGAGCAGUUUCAGCAGAUACUGAGCACCAUCAACAGCUCCUCCACUGCAAGCGCACACACACACACAGAAACUGUGGCCAGCUCAGAGGAAACCUGUCAUGGAGCUACAGAAGCGGCUGAAGCGCUCAUCCCGGAUGCACAUCACCAUAAACACAGAGUUUCAGACCGAGAGCUUCUGUCAGACGGGCCGCAGUCGGGGUUUUUCAGCACAUUUGGAGAAAGGGAAAGAGGGAGAGAAAAACUGGAAGCCAGAAAAGCUCAGUGGAAGAGAGAGCUGGAUGAGCAGAUGGCGCUGAAAAGGCAGCAGAAAGCCAGUCUCAAAGAUAAGGCUCAUGAUGGAUCAUCUAACGUGAGACUGAAACACCCGCCUGACACAGAGGGGAUGAGCACACGGCCUGCUGAGAGGACUCAGUCCCAGCGAGAGCUCCCUGCAGCCAUCCGCUCGGCCUUCAGAGUCGGGGAAGCAGGACCUGUGGAGGACAUGUUCAACGCUCAGAGAGAGGAACAGCAGAGACGAUGGUUACAGGAACUGGACCAGCAGAGAAAAGAGGACAAACUACGCCGACAACAAGACAAAGAAAUGAACAGCCAGGCCGAGGACAUGGAGCGGUGGGCGGUCCACUUCGACUCUCUGCUUCAGCCCUCCGCCGUGCCUGACCCGAGCAGCGGCCUGUCUCCGCAUCGCCCCGUCUCAGGAGCCCGGGCCACUGCACGCGACGGUGUGAGUGUGUGUGGGGGGAGGGCCAGCGUCGACACCACUCAGGGAGUCCAACAGAGAUCCAGUCAUCUUCGCACCAUGACGGCGUUGCUGGACCCGGCUCAGAUCGAGGAGCGGGAUCGCCGGAGACUCAAGCAGCUGGAGCACCAGCGAGCAAUUGAGGCUCAAGUAGAGGAGCGCAGACGUCAGAAAGAGAAGGAGGACGCCACACGCCGAGCACAGGAACAGGAAGAGGAGAGGAGGGUUGAGCGAGAUCGAGAGCGACUCCAGCAGCAGUACAUCACUGACACCGAGCGACAGAAACACAAAGAGGAGGUGCAGUCCCGUAAGACGGAGGAGCUGUAUCUGAGCAUCCAGAGAGCCCAAGAAGAGGCCGUUAAAGACAGACACGUGCAGAGAGUCCGAGACUUGGCCCAGAAAGGCCACGACGUGUCCAAACUCCUGCACAGCCUGGAGGGAGACUCCGCCGCACAGGCCCUCAGCGGUCCAGCUUUACCUGCCGCAUCAUCCAAGAGUCAGACCCAGAGCACAACACCUCCGAGGAAACACACCGCUGUCCAGACAGAGAUCAGCCAUCAGCCUGAGAACGAUUGUGUUGGAGAUCCAGAUAAACGCUCUGCUGCUGCAGUGACACACACAGCUCUCGAUGUGAAGAGAUCCCAUCACAGCGAGGUGAAGCAUCCUCUGCGCACCGCACACAGAGCAGCCGGAGCCGACCCGUACGAGGCGUACGCACGCAGACCACAGAAGAGGCCCGAGUGGAACACACUGCGGCCCAGUAAAGCCUUCGUGCCGGCGUCAGAGAGGUAUCCAGAGGCCCUGAAGAGACACCGGCAGGAGAGCAGGAGACUGAGGCAGAUCCAGCUCAUGACACUGAUGGAGAGAAACACACACUCACACACACCUCAGCCGGAGCCGCUGCCGCCCGCACACACACCGCAGAACCACAGACCGCAGCCACAGAGUGAAAAUCCCCUCCAGGACCCAUCAGUCUUCAGUGCUGAACGUGGGAUGCCGUCUCCUCCCAUCACCCCUGUGGUGAAGACUCGUGUUCAUCAGGACACGGGCCGCCCCCUGUCCUCAGACUAUGUGCCGUAUGUGCGCUCACACGAGGUGUACCAGCUGGACCCGCUCUCCAGACACGACACACACGAAGCCCAGCACAGAGUCCACACAGGGCUGGUCCCGCACGAGCCCGGCGCUCCUGAAAGCACUGAGCGACAGCAGGCUAUCCUGAAGGGUCUGUCCCAGUUACGGCAGGCGCUGCUGCAGAGACAGAGAGAGCUGGAACCCAGUUUAUCCCCAGCACUGCAAACACAGCACACACACCACUUCUCACCAUUCAGACCUGUGUGAGCCAAAGCAUUGACAACAGGAAGUGCUGGUGUGGUUUCAAUGAAACUGGUUUGUAAGAA